GAAAUGCAGUUAAUAUUAACGGAAAUGAUUAUUUAUUCUAAGUAAGAAAAGAUCCGAGAACCAUGGGCUUGUUUUUCAGAAUAUUUGACGAAAUGAGGACCUCACUUAGUAAGUAAAAGAACUGUACAAUGGUGUGUAUUUUAAGUUUACUACAAUCAAAUAUUCAAGCAAAAUUACGACCAGCUGUUUGGCUUCCGGGUGUUAGAAAUCUUCAUUCGUGUGCAGAAAGAUGGGAAAUACCAGAACUAGUUCCCGAAGAAAGUCUUCAAAAAGUAAUCGAUGCAGUGGCGAGGCUUGCGGAAAUGGAAGAUAUAUAUUUACAUAGCGUCGAUAGAGAAAAGAAUUUUGUUCAAAUAUUCUGCUACACAAAGGCCGGAUGGCUUGAUGUCGUUGAAAUAGACUUAUAUCCCGGACGAUUCCAAGGCACACAAGGAAAUGCACGGUCAUUUUCGACGGGUUUAUUGCCAGUGUGGGUGCCCUUAUCUUUUCUAUUAAAUUCAAUAUUCUUCUUCGUUCCAUUUUAUGACCGUAAUUUAAACAGAAACGCUUGCAAAGCAUCAAAGAUGCCAUACACUUAAUGCGAAUGGAAUCUCCACUUAACUCAACAGAAUUUACUUCGUGGCAUUAAUCGACCAUCUUCUCUUUCGCGCCCACUUCUUGGAAUAUGUGAAAGGUCACUGUCACUGCUUGUCAAGUUCAUCGACCAUAUUUUUCUUACUCAACGUCUUUUUAGCUAAGCGCACGUUAAAGUUUUCUCAACAGAAUAAAACGUUGUGUUACCUGACGAAUAAAACUUCACUAAGUUUUGUAAAUAUCAUAUACUUGUGAUGCCUUGCAUCCCUUCGCAGAAAUAAAAGGAUACGUUCGUGGAAAUAUUCCGCAGUUUUUUUUCUCAAUUCUUCGAUACUUUCUGUAGCGUCAGCCCACUCGAGCACCAAGCGACGUCCGUAUAAAUGAGUACUGGUGCAUAGCGACUUGAAAGCUCUCUAUAAAAUGGAUUCAACGCAUAGGAAGUUAAAAACCGAACUAAAUAUUUAGCAAAUAUUUUAGCAUAAAAAUGUCUUCAUAAUUAAUCCAAUAAACGUUGUAGCCAAAAACCUACAGCCUUUUCAAAAAGGUCGUUUAAAAUAUGAAAUUUUAUGUAUGAAAUCCAUGACUAUUCGUCAGUGUAAGCUCUAUCAUUUUUGUAGAUAGUAAUGGUAUGAACAUUGAACAAUAUAACUGUAUGUAUAUUUCAAAUUUAAUAAAUAGUAUGUCAACAUUUAA